CUUCCAGUUCGCCUUAACUGAGAUGGACGUGAUCUAAUCUUCACUGCAUCAAAGAAUGGCCGCUAGCUCCGCGCUUCCCACGGAAGAUGGACAGGUUUCCCUGGGCAUUGAUGAUCUUCACUUUUCGCUGCAAGCUGAGCAGGAAGACACGCAGAAGAAAACCUUCACCUGCUGGAUAAACUCACAGUUGGCAAAGCACACACCUCCCUCGGUUAUAUCUGACCUAUUCGCAGACAUUAAGAAGGGGCAUGUCCUCCUGGACCUGUUAGAAGUGCUCUCAGGGCAGCAGUUGCCUCGGGAUAAAGGAUCAAAUACGUUCCAGUGUAGAAUCAACAUAGAACAUGCCCUGACAUUCCUGAAGAAACGAUCAAUCAAGCUGAUAAAUAUCCAUGUUGCUGACAUCGUGGAAGGAAACCCGUCCAUUAUUCUGGGCCUGAUUUGGACCAUCAUACUGCACUUUCACAUUGAGGAGCUUGCUCGGAAUCUGUCUUGCGAUUACAAUCAACCUUCCCCGGAGGUUUCGGAUGUGGCUGACUCAUCGCCUACCUCAAGCCCUCCAGCUAAGAAGUGCUCCAAAACACAAGCUCAAGCAAGAUGGCAGUUGUCUGCAAAGAAGGCUCUUCUUCAGUGGGCCCAGGAGCAGUGUGCCACGUCUGAGUCUGUCAGUGUGACAGAUUUUAAGUCAAGCUGGAGAAAUGGGAUGGCAUUUUUGGCCGUCAUUCAUGCCUUGCGACCGGACCUGAUUGACAUGGACAGCGUGAGGCACAGAUCCAACAAAGAGAAUCUCAAAGAAGCCUUCAGGAUCGCGGAACGUGAGCUGCAGAUCCCCAAAUUGCUGGAGCCGGAAGAUGUCGAUGUCAUGAAUCCUGAUGAGAAGUCCAUCAUGACUUAUGUGGCGCAGUUCCUGAAGUAUUCAAAGGAUGCCCCUGGCGCUGGAGCUUCAGCUCAGGCCAAGGCGAAGGAUGCUAUGGUAUGGCUAUCUCUGCAAGAGAAGAAACUGCAGAAGAUGCAGAGGGACUCAGCCAAUGAGACAUACUUCAACAAGUAUCACAGUCUGCUGUCCUUUAUGGAGUCAUUGAAUGAAGAAAAGGAACCCUUUGUGGACGUCCUGUCACUGAAAGGGAACAUGAAUGAGCUGAAUGAAGAUCAGUUACGGUUGAGACAAGACUGGGCCGGCCUCACGCACCAGAUCUCUGAGUGGAAAGCCCAGCUGGAUGACGCCUUGCCAUCACCGCUCAAGGAGACUGAAGCGUGGCUCAAGGAUGUGGAGGGGCUUGUGGAGGAAGGGCCACCGACCUCCCAGAAUUACUCAGAAGUUGCAGCUCUGAUCCAAGGGAAAAUGUCUUUAUUCAAGAGUCUGAUGGGGAGCUCUGACUAUCAUUCCAACAUUCUCUUGGCCUUUGAAAACCAAGAUGAGAACCACCUGCCGGUCGUGCCCCCUGACAAACUGGAGGAAAUGAAAAGACGAAUCAACAACAUUUUGGGUAGAAAAUUCAUCCCACUUCUGGAGUUUCAUGACUCCAAGUGCUCAGUCCUUGCUUUGCUAGAUGAAGCGAAGGCAAAGUUGGAUGUUUGGAAUGUCCCUUACGGGAGCAAGGAGUCUGUGGAAGUCGUCCUGGAAGACUGGCAUAAAUUUAUUGAAGAGAAAAAGUUCCUGGCUCAGCUUGAUACUUCUUUUCAAAAAUGUGAAGAAAUGUUUAAGAAUUUGGCUGGAGAAUGUGAGAGUUUUGAGGAGGAGUUUGUGACGUUAGAAAAGGAUGUUCACGAGUGCAGACAGCGCAUACAUAACACGAAGGCCACGUUACAAAGAGUGCUGGAGUGUUGGGCAACGUAUGAGGAAGACCUCCAGCUAUUGAAGACUUCUUUUGAGGCGACAAAGAAGGAGAAAAUUAAAGAGGUUCCCUUUGAGACCCUUUCCCAGUGGAAUGCAAAAUAUACCUCUCUAAAUGAGGCAGGGAGUUUCCUAAUUGAAGUCAGCAAUGGUGAAGUUGGAUCGUCUGUUUCUAAAGAACUGAGAAGGCUGAAUAAAAGAUGGAGAAAGUUUAUCACAAAGACUCCACUUGAACUGAAACUGCCAGUUACAAAAAUUCAGGACCAGCCCACUGGAGACAGUUCUGGAACGAUUCUGUCUGAGUCAGCAACGAUGCCAGCAGAGCUUCCUGAAAGUCCUGGUGAGGGCAUGCAGGCUGUGGACAAACAGGAAGUAGAAGAUGAAGAGUCCACCGGACAAUUGCAGGUGAACGAAGAGGUUGAAAAACUCAUCAAAGAGGUGAGAAUCUGGGAGUUGGAGAGCAAAUCCAUCUUGGAUCUCCUUCGCCAUCAAGGUGAUGUGGAUGGCUCCUCGGAGGAUAGCUUGCAGCAUCUCAUUGCUAAAGGCUCUAUGUACGAGGAACUUCUGGCCAGAACCGAAGAUACCCUACAGAUGGAUGUUCAAAGUGCCUCGAACCUGGAGUCCUUCCAAAAUAUCCUCCGAGCUGGGCUUCAGGCAAAGAUCCAAGAAGCUAAGGAGGGAGCCCAGAUCAUCAUGGUCGAAUUGUCUGCGGUGUGCAAGAACUUAAUGGAUGGUUCACCGGAAGUAGACGUGAGGCGAAAGGUGGAAGAGGCUCGGAAGGACCUGGAGUCGUAUAUCACCAGAGCCCAGCAGUUGCUUGGGCAGAGAGAGCGCCCUGGUGGACUCAUUUCAAAGUACAAGGAAGCAUUGGGAAUUUUUAAUACCAACAGUCUGGCCAAGUAUCUGCAAGCUGUUGAAGAACUGAAGCGUAAUGUCCCAGGUGAUGUGGAGCCACACCUGGAGGAGCAGCGUCGAGAUGUGUGUGCCAAGUGGGAGCCUCUCCAUCAUGAAAUUUCUUUGUAUAUCCAACAACUAAAGAUAGACAUGGAAGAAGGAAAGCUUCGAGACAAUGUUGCAAAACUUGAAAAGCAGAUCAACAAAGAGAAGAAACUUAUUCGCCGAGGGAAGACCAGGGGCCUCGCCAAGGAACAUGAGGCUUGCUUUUCUCCGGGAAGUGUGGCGAGCCAGCUAGAACACCACAUGGGUGUCUUGAGGGUGCUGUGUGAAGAGCUGCCGUCACCAGAGCGUCAACAAGACCUAAAGAGAGCCCUCAGAGAUUACGAACAAAAGAUACAGAAACUUCUGAAGUGUGCUUCCGAGGUUCACAGAACCCUGCAGUCCUCCCAGGGAGGCUCGCCGGAGGAGAGGGAUGCCUUGACCGCAACUGAGAAUGGCAGAAGGGACGCCCCCAGUGAGGCACCAGAUAACCAGCUGUCAACCGAAAAGGCAAUGGAACCCAUGAAGAAUUUCAGCCAGAUGCCAGACUUAAAGCCUCAGCCAGAGGAAAGCAUUAUGGAGAAGGGAGGAAAGGAUUGCAGUGCGCCUCUAAAUGACUUACGGGAAAGGUAUGAUACACAAAGAGAGAUUCUUGAACGGCACCUGCAAGACAGCAAAGCCAGGUUCACGGCUGACUUUCCCGGUGAAAACGAGAGGGCCAGUGCUGGCCUGCAGGCUAAGCUGGCAGAUGUGCAGGUCCUAACAGCUGACACUGAUGCUCGCUGGGGUGAGUUCGAAGUCACUUCACUGAAUUUAGAAAGUCUGGUGACUGACCCGGAGAAGCCUGCACUAGCCCAGGCCAGAGACCUAUUCGAGGAAGAAAAACACGAGCUUCAGAGGCUUCUGAGCACCAGAAUGGAGUCACUGGAGAUGGCCCUGCAGAUCGUACUGCCCCUGGAGAAGGAGUGUGCUCGCCUGUGUGACCCCCACCUGCCCUUCUGUACGGUGGCUCUCCAGGGCCUGCAUCCUGUGGAAGUUGAUGGCAUCUAUCAGAACCUUCGGGAUGUUCAAGAUUCCAUAGCAAAGCAGAUCAGAAGAUGUGCCACUUUAAAGGAGCCGAGUGACUCUAUACCAAGGGAUUUACACACACUAGAUCAGUGUGCAAUACAGGAUGUUGUGCUAAAAUGCAGACUCCAGCUGGAGGCCGUGAACCGGAAGGUAGAGAUGAGGGAAGAUGCCCUGGAGGCUCUGGAAGGUUUUUUGGCUUCUCUGAGAGCAGCUAAGCACUCUGCUGAGCCUCCUGCAGACCCUCGUGCCUCCAAUGCACUAGAGGAUACUCCGGCAGUGAGAGCUGUUGAGGAAGACAUCCUUCUGAUGAAGGAGAAGGCUGGGCCUUUGGAUGAACGCUUGAGGAUGCUUGGCAUAGACGUUAAAGAUGCUGAGGGAGGGGAGCACACCACCUGUGAGAAACUUCUUGGUGCUGUGCCAGUGAAGUUCUCAGACUCGCAUGGCCAGAGUAAACAGGAAGGACUUACGGAGGACAAGACGUUACUGGAGGCUUGUAGUUCCAAAAAUCACGAGCUCUUUAAAAAUAUUCAAGACAUCCAGAAUCAGAUCGGUAAAAUCGGUCUGAAGGAUCCCACCGCUCCAGCCGUGAAACAUCGGAAAAAGUCAUUACUCAGGCUGGAUAAGGACCUAGAUGGAUUUGAAGAAGAAAAGAUGCGCAUACAAAAAAUGGCUGAUUCUCUCCCAGAAUUCAAAGAUGGCAAAGAGAAAAUGGUGAUUCAACAGUGUCAAGAUACAGUAGCCUUGUGGGAGACGACGAAAGCUUCUCUCACAGAGAGCCUUGAACAGUGCGGAAGUGUUCUGGAGCUGUUGAAACAAUAUCAGAAUAUUAAAAACAACUUGACGGCUUUGAUUCAAAAAGAAGAGGGUAUCCUCUCCCAGCAAGCUUCCUACAUGGGAAGGGACAACCUGAAGAAGAAGGUGGCAGAGAUUGAAACUGUCAAAGAAGAGUUCAAUGAACAUUUAGAAGUUGUAGACAAGAUAAAUCAGAUUUGUAAAAAUCUACAGUAUCAUCUGAAUAAAAUGAAAACCUUUCAAGAGCCGCCUUUUGAAAAAGAGGCUAAUGCUAUCGUGGACAGAUGGCUGGAUAUAAACGAGAAGACAGAAGAAUAUGGUGAAAAUCUCGGGCGGGCAGUGGCCUUGUGGGACAAACUUUUCAACAUAAAAAACAGCAUUGACGAGUGGGCUGCGAAGACCCUAGGGACAGUGGAGUCGCACCAGCUGACCGAGGAGGACAGGGAAAGGCUGGAGGAAGAGCUGAAAGUCCACGAAGAGCAAGCUUCCGAAUUUUCCAGAAGAAUGACCGACAUACAAUCGCUGCUUCAAAGCAAUGAGAAGCCACUUGAGCUGCAGGUCAUGGAGUCCUCCGUCCUGAGCAAGAUGAGAGAUGUAAAAAGGUACGUCACAGGAGAACCCAAUAGCUACGUGCCCAGUGGGAACACAGCUGAGCUGAGAGAGGAUCUGGACCAAGCCAAGACCCAAAUGGGGAUGACCGAGUCCCUCCUGAAUGCCUUGUCUCCCUCCGACAGCCUGGAGAUCUUCACAAAGCUUGAGGAAAUCCAGCAGCAGAUCCUCCAGCAGAAACACAGCAUGACCGUCCUCGAGAAUCAAAUAGGGUGUCUCACUCCAGAGCUCUCUGAAUUGAAAAGACAAUAUGCGAGUGUCAGCGAUUUAUUUAACACCAAAAAGAGCGCUCUGCAAGAUCACUUUUCCACGUUCCUGAAUGACCAGUGUAAGAACUUUAACGACUGGCUCAGCAACAUCCAAAUGAACCUUAAGGAGUGUUUUGAACCACCAGAAACAAAACUGAGCAUGGAACACAAGCUGCAAAAACUUUCUGAUUUCUUGACUCUUGGAGGAGGGAACAGUAAAAUACAGCAGGUGGAGACUGUUCUACAGCACGUGAAGAUGCUUCUGCCCAAAGCUCAUGUCAAAGAGCUUAAGAGCUGGCUCGGCAGUCAAGAACUGGAAUUAGAAACCAUGGAGUCCGCAUGCCAGGCCCGAGCAAGGGAGCUGAAUGACUCCCUGCAGCAGCUCCUGAGAUUGGAUGAUGAUUGCCGAAGCCUAAGUAAGUGGUUGACUAAUCAGGAAGAGAAGUGGAAAGAAAGGGAACCAGCAGGAGAGAAAACAGACCUGUUUUACCAGGCGUUAACCAGGAAGAGGGAGCAGUUUGAGACUGUGGCCCGGCUCAACGACUCUCUGAAGGAGCAUGGGCUUACCCAGGCAGAAGAGACGGUCAAAGAAUCAACACAUCUGAUUGAUAGAUACCAGACUUUAUUGAGACAAUUACAUGAAAUUGAGGAAGAGGAUAAGAUACCACCUGCCGAAGACCAGAGCUUUAAUGAUCUUGCACACGAUGUAACUCACUGGAUAAAAGAGAUUAAAGAGUCCCUUAUGGCUUUGAAUUCAUCAGAAGGCAAAAUGCCACUCGAAGAAAGAAUCCAGAAAAUAAAGGAAAUCAUUUUACUGAAGCCUGAAGGAGAUGCCAAAAUCCAGAGAGUGAUGAGACAAGCUGAACGCUGUGAGGCCCCGUUGGUUCAGGAGACCCUUACGGAUCUCAGUAACCAGUGGGACAACACGCUCCAUCUAGCCAGCACAUAUCUAAGCCAUCAAGAAAAGCUUGUCCUGGAAGGAGAGAAGUAUUUGCAGAGUAAGGAGGCGCUGCGACUGAUGCUCACGGAACUGAAGAAGCAGCAGGAAGCGGGCCUUGCUCUACAACCUGGCUUGCCAGAAAAGCAAGCGCAGUUAAAGAUUUGUAAGAAAUUCCUCCAGAAAGCUCAAGAUUUGACAUCUUUGCUAGAGGAGCUAAAAUCUCAGGGCAAUUACCUCUUGGAGUGUACUAAAAAUCCUAGCUUCAGUGAGGAGUCAUGGCUGGAGAUAAAACAGCUUCAUGAAAGCCUUCUUCAGCAGCUCCAGGAUUCUGUGCGAAAAUUAGAGGGUCAUGUUCAAGAACACAGCUCAUACCAGGUUUGCAUCACAGACCUAAACACCACACUGGACGAUAUCUCUAAGGAGUUUGUCAGUCUCUGUGAUGCUUCUGAGGACCAAAUAACAGUUGAGGACAGAAUGCAGAAAUUACAGGAACUGGAGAGUGGACUCGGUUGCCAAGGUGGAGCCUUAAAGAAGGCCUCUGCAUUAGCAAAAUCCAUCAAACAAAAUACAUCUUCAGUAGGACAGAAGAUUAUUAAAGAUGAUAUAGAGUCACUUAAGUAUAAACAAAAGAAUUUGCAAAACAGAAUUGAAUCUGCCAAGCGGGAGACUGAAAAUGGUCUCAACAGCGUCCUCAAAUCCAAAAGCUCGGCAGAAAAACAUGCGGAGUUUUCUCCGCCAGGUGGAGAGAUGCUGGCCACUUCCAAUGUGCCCGAGCCCACUCAGGAGUCAGCGGCAGUGGGGGAGUCAGAGGGGAGCUGGGAAACAAACAAGAACUCAGCUGUGGAGAUGAUUUUGUCAAAACAACUUUCCCUCAACGUUCAAGAAAGCAUGCAAAACAGCCAAGAUGAGCGGAAAGUCAACGAGCUGCGAAAUCAACCUUUAGAAUUGGACAUUAUGCUAAGAAAUGAACAAUUAAAAGGGAUGGAGGAAUUAUGUACCCACUUGGAAGCGAGAAAAGCAGCCAUUGAACUUCUGGAACAGACUCAGCAUCUCAGCAAAACAGGAGAAAGAGCCUCGGCUCUCCACACCGCCAGAUCUCCAGCGUACCACGUGGACAGUCUACUCCAGGCGCUUCUUACUUUGAAGAAAACUAAAGAAAGCCAGUAUGGUCUCCUUUAUGGUUUCCAAGACCUGCUGGUUGCAGCUGAAUCCUCACUGAACAUCUUCUUGGCAGAAGCAGAAAGCCUCAAAGCAGGCUCACUAGACAGUGCAACCUAUCUGGCCAAAAUCAAGAAGUUCCUGGGGUCGGUAGAAAAAGAAAAGAGCUCCUUGAGCAAGCUUUGCAUGAAAUGGCCACAUUUAUCCAGCCACCUGAGCGCCGAGGAUCAAAAGCUGGUGGAGAGCCAAAUGAAGCAACUGGAACAUGGGUGGGAACUUGUGGAGCGGCUGGCUCACAAGAAGUGUUUUCAGCAAGCCACGGAGCACAGUGAACUUACCUACCUCCUGCAGAAGGCCCAGGACAUCGGCGUUUCUCUGCAUCAGCAACAACAGCGCCUACUGCUAAGUCUGAACUCUCCAGGACAGCAGGAGGGGAGCCUGGACAUGGUUGCCCCGGCUGCCGAGAUCCAGGCAAUCAAAUACGAAUUUUCUGGUUUAAAGCGGCAAGCAGAGCUUCAGAUGAAGAGACUUUGGGGAGAAAGGGAAAAGGAAACUCUGGAGGAUGCACUGAAUAAUUUGAAUAAGCAACUGGAGGCGCUGGUGCCAUUAAACCAAGAGGCAGAAAGUCAGGUUAAGAAGUGUGACCUAAAGAACAGGAUAAAGGAGACUCUCUUAUGGGUCAAGAACAUGUUGGCGGAGCUCACUGCCCCCAUCGCCCUCCUUCCCGACGACAUCCUUUCUCAGAUCAGAAAGUGCAAGUUGAUUCACGAUGGCAUUCUGGGUAAGCAGCAGGCGGUGGAGUUGCUGGUGGAAGAGGUCAGAGGCAGCACUCCCAGCCUCCCAACGAGUGAUAGUGAUGGUUUAAAUACUCUCCUGGAGGAUUUACAGAAUCAAUACCAAGCGCUGCUUUUAAAGUCAACGCAGAGGUCACAGCAGCUAGAGUUGAAGCUGGAAGAAAGAAGCAAAUUGUUUGCGAUCAUAGGAAAGGCUGAGGUGGUGCUUGGACAAAGCGAACCGUUCAUGGUCCCCACGCAGGAGAAAGCCGCCGCCACGGAAGCCGAGCUGGAGCGUCGCCAGGCCAUCUUGAAGGCGUCCCAGCAGCAACUGAGAGACACGGAGAGUGCCAUCUCAGCACACCUUCAGGAACUCACAAGUGCCUACAAGGAUGCAAAUGUGUUUGAGAGAUUAUUUCUGGAUGACCAGUUAAAAAACCUCAAAACAAGGACCACCCGAACACAAAGAUCCAUCCAGAGUCAUUGUAACGAAGUCGAAGGCAAGAUCAGGUGGCUCCGAGAAUUUCACGAGAAAGCAGCUGUGCUUCAGAAAGAGGUUGAGAGCAUCCAGCUCGGGGAGCUUCUCCCGCUUCCUCAAGAGCCAGCGCCGGAUGCUAGAGAGCAACUCUGCCAUCUUAAAAACAAGCUGGCUGCUCUUCAAGGCAACAUCUCACAAGUGUUGACAUCUGAAGAAGUGUUUGACUCCAUAGGGCUAGGCUGGGAUGGCUCACUGCUUGAGCAGUUACAGACCCAAGUGUCUGAAAGGCGAAGGGAAUUGGAAGAAAAAAUUAAGCAGCUGGACACAUUUUUGAUAGCACGUGACAGGUACCAAGCGUUACUAAGUAAGAUAAAGGCCAUGGAUUUGCAAAUUAAGGAAAGGGCCAAAUCACUGCUGACAGGCCCUAAUAUGUCACCAGAAAGCACACUGCUCCACGCACAACUUUUGAUUCAGAAAAUCGAAAAAGCCAAAUGCUUGCGUGAUGAGGUAAUGAAGAAGUUGAUUGAAAAUGAGGCUUUUGACGACUCAUUCAAAGAGAGUGAGAUGCUGCAGCUGAAGCUGACUGCAGAAGAAACUGCUGGGCUUCAAGAGGCUCUCCAGAACAUGCUGCUAGAAUUGCAACCGAAAGGAAUGGAUGCAAAGGCUUUCCAGGAUAAACUGGAACAUUCCCUACGUGUUUUAAAGCAAAUACAGGCUCGGUUACAGCAGCCUUUGUGUGUAAAUUUGGGGACUCAACAUAUUCAAGAUGAGAAGGAGACUUGGGAAGCAUUUGGUGAGCAAGUUCGGGCAGAAAUGUGUGGUAUUAGAGCCAUGACUGUUACUGAGGAGCAAAGACAAGACAACCCUUCCGGGACAAGUGGCGUGGAGGCAAAACUGCAGGACCUCGAAGGUCUUCACAUGGAGCUGAGCAAAAGCAUUGAUUUACGCACAAAUGUCCUGAAUGAUGCCUAUGAAAACGCAUCCCACUAUGAUGAGAUAGUCUCGAGGGCAGUAGGGAUCAUCAGGUCCCUGGAAGCCAUGCUUUUAUCGUACAGAGUCGACCUUCACCAUCCCAAAGACUCAUUGGAGCUGGCGCGCUGUGAGCAAAAGGAAUUGCAGUCUGCAGUAACAGACAUCCAGAACCUCACUGAGACGCUGGGGACUAUCUACAGCCCCGAGGCCAAAGAGCAACUUCAGCGCACUUUUCAAGAACUAGCUUCUAAGAACUCAGCCUUGAAGGCAGUGCUGGAGGCCCAGGAGGCAGAGGACGGAAGGUGCCUAGAGAAUUACAAACGCUAUGGAAAAAUGAAAGAGGACAUUUGCUCUCGGCUCAGGAAAAUGGAGACAGAUCUCGGACAGUCCAUGUCCCCAUGGCCCAGGUCUUACAAAGAAGCUCUGGGGCGCCUGGAUCAGAGCAAGGCCCUGACAUCAAGUGUCCUGUCAAUCAAAGAAGACUUGGUGAACCUCCGUCAGGUCCUCAGACACCUGAGUUGCAGGUGCACAGAGAGUGAGGGUGCCUGUGUGCGCCUCGUGGCCUCUGCCCUGUGGGAGAAGUGGCUGAGUGUGCUGGAAGCUGCCAGAGGGUGGCAGCAGUGGUGUGGGGAGCUGAAGAGGGAGUGGAAGUUCAUCAGUGAGGAGAUUGAACGAGAAGCAAUCAUUUUAGAGAAUCUUCAGGAGGACCUUCCAGAAAUUUCCAAAACAAAGGACUCCGCUCCCACAGAGGAACUCUGUCAGCUCUUGGACUCUCUGUGCCAGCAUGAGGAGAGCGUGGAGAAGCAGCUGCUGCUGCUGGCCCUGCUUCUUCAGCGCAUAACGAGUAUCCAGAACAUUCCUCAAGGCACGGAGACCGUGGAAACCAUCCCAGCACUUCAAGAGAUUAGGUCUAUGCAAGAACGGUGCAACAGGCUUCUUCAGGCAGCUCAGAAGAAUAAGGACUUGGUCCAGACUGAAAUCCAGGCACGGCAUUCUUUCGAAAAGGAAUUAACUGAUGUGAAGCAUUCAUUUGAACAGAUCUCAACUUCCUUCCAAGACUUGGCAUUGGAAGGCCAUCCAGAAAGGGCAGAACAGCUGGAGGAGCUGCGAAGCGUUCUUCAGAAAGGCAAGCUGACUUUGGAGAAGGUCAUGGAAAAAUUACGCAUCAAGUAUUCCGAAAUGUACAGCAUAGUCCCCGCGGAGAUCGAAUCCCAGGUGGAAGAAUGCAGGAAGGCUCUGGAAGAUGCAGAUGAGAAGAUCACCAGUGAAAUCUCGACACAUUCACCAUCAUGUGUCAUGAGGAGGAAAAUAGAGGAAAUUAACAACGGGCUUCAUGGCAUUGAAAAAAUGUUGCAACAGAAGAGCAAAAACAUUGAGGACGCUCAAGAAAUUCAAAAGAAAAUAUGGGAUGAACUUGACCUCUGGCACUCCAAGCUAAACGAGCUGGACUCGGAAGUUCAGGACUUUGUUGAGCAGGACCCAGGACAGGCUCAAGAGUGGAUGGAUAACUUGAUGGCUCCUUUCCAGCGACACCAGCGAGUGUCCCAGAGAGCAGAAUCCAGAACCUCCCAGCUCAACAAGGCCACAAUCAAGAUGGAGGAAUAUAGCGAUCUUCUGAAAAGUACAGAGGCGUGGAUAGAGAAGACCAGCCGUGUGCUAGCCAAUCCUGCCUGCUAUGACUCUUCAAAGACCCUGAGCCACCGCGCCAACGCCCUCCAGAUGGCUCUGGAAGAUGGCGAGCAGAAGUACAGCCUUCUACAUUCCGUCUUCACGGAUCUAGAAGACCUGUCAGUCAUUUUUGAAACAGAUGACCUCAUCCAGUCCAUCCAAGAGUUAAGUGGCCAGGUGGCUGCUUUACAGCAGCAGAUAGUGGAGGCUCUUCCACACAUCCAGCAGGUGGCAGACGAUGUGGUUGCAAUUGAGUCUGAAGUAAAAUCAAUGGAGAAAAAGGUUGCAAAAAUUAAAGCUAUUCUGUUAUCCAAAGAAAUAUUUGAUUUUUCACCUGAAGAACAUCUCAAGCACGGAGAGGUCAUACUUGAAAACAUCCAUCCCAUGAAAAAAACGAUUGCCGAGAUAAUGACUUACCAAACGGAACUAAGGCUACCCCAGACAGGAACCAAACCUCUGCCUGUCUUUCAGAGGACAAAUCAGCUUUUACAAGAUGUGAAACUGUUGGAAAAUGUGACUCAAGAACAAAAUGAGUUAUUGAAGGUUGUCAUAAAACAGACUGCUGAAUGUGAUGGCGAAAUAGAAAAUCUGAAACUGAUAUUAAAUAAGUCUUCAGCUGAGUUCUCCCCUGAACGAGUGUCACGAAAGCAAGCUGCCGACCUGCCUUCAUCACGGGGAAAGAUGGAAGGGUUGGAAAAGCAGAUUCUGAAUCUAAACCAGAAGAAGGACGAUCUGCUGGUGGGCUUGAAGGCCGCUGUACUGAACCUUCACGAGCACCUGAAGCAGGAACAGCAGGAAGGAGAAGGAGAUGAGCUGUCGGAAGAGGGCGGAGUCCCCGAGAGGGGUGCCUCGGACAGGAAGCUGAAAAGAGCAAGCUCCAUGUCUUUCCUGCCAGUGGUCAAGGAGGAGGCGGAAGAAAGCUCUGUGAAGAGUGAAGAUGGACGUAAGAGAGCAGAGCCACCCUGUGCGUCCUGGUCUCUUCUCUGGAAGCACGGCCGGGACCUGGAGGAGGAGGAUGGGGCGUCCUCAUCCUCCGCCACCAUCGUGCAGGAGGCAGAUGGGAGAAUCAGCACCUGUGACAGUUCCAUGGCACACAUUAUCGCAGCAGACUCCGGAAGCACUGAGCAAGGCCCAGAACCUUCCCCGAGGCCCAGCUGCACAGCAGAGGGUGCCACGCCUCCCAUUGAGGCUACACCUCUGGACUUUCCUCACGAGCAAGGAGCCUUUGAGGCCACAGUGGAGAGAAGUAGGCCUCCGCCUGCAGAAGUCCUCCAUGUCUGCAAGACCCAGGUGGCCGAGCUGGAGCUGUGGCUGCAACAAGCCAACGUGGCGUUCGAGCCGGAAACAUUAGACACAGACAUGCAGCAGGUGGUGGAACAGGAGCUGGCUGGGUGCCAGGCUAUGCUGACAGAGAUUGAGCACAAGGUUGCUUCUCUGUUAGACACUUGCAGAGACCAGGGCCUGGGAGACUGCGGAGCCACUCAGCAAGAGGCUGAAGCCCUCUCCUGGAAACUCAAGACUGUGAAGUGCAACUUGGAAAAGGUCCAGAUGAUGCUUCAGGAGAAGUAUAGCGAGGACCAGCAUCCCACCACUCUCAAGAAACCGUCCGAGCCCCACACCCUCCUCCAGCCGGUCAGCCUUCCCGAGCUUGAAUCCCUCGAAACUGAGAGGCCACAGUUCAGCAGACAGAAGGACGUUCCCCAGGCACAGGUUCUCGAGUUAAAACCAUUGGAACAGAAAGAUUUGAUCAAGUUCACAGAAUUUAAUGCUAAGAAAACAUGGCUACAGUGUUGCCAACAGGAUGGAGAUGCAAAUCGGCAACCAGCUUCGAGCAGCAAGGUUCCUCUACCUGGAAAUGCAGCCCCAGACUCAGCCUUGCCACUCCAGGGCCAAAGUGGUGAUAAAUGGCAGUAUCUUUACCAUGAACUCACUUCAAGACCAAACCCCCCGGGGCCUCAGCUCGUGGAGCCUCAGGUGGCCACAAAUACGAGUACUCUCCCCAGUGUGAGUGUGUAUAACUUCAGAUGCCCUACAGCUGAGGAGCUGCAAGCUUACACCACGCAGCUUGAAGAUCUACGUCAAGAAGCAAACAGCCUUCAGACACAGGAAAGUAUGACAGAAGAAACAUACAUGAAUUUGGAUAAAAGAUUGUUUGAACUCUUUCUGAGCCUCAGCCGGUGCCUGGGCAGUGUGGAGGAGCUGCUGCAGAGACCUGGGCUGCUGAGGGAGGAUGCCUCGGCCCAGCAGGUGCUCUUCGAGAAACUGGCUCUGGAGCUGAAGAAGCUUUAUUUAGCUCUGGGCGACAAGAAGGAUGAUCUUCUGAAAGCUGUGACUCAGCCUGAGGAGAACACCACGUUGCUACCCGAAUGUUUCGAUGCUCUGAAGGUCAGCCUGGAGCGUACACAGGCAAAAGCUGCCUGGAGAAGCUCUUCCCUGAAGGCUGGCCUUGACCACACCCGCAGCUAUCAGAAUGAAAUAAAGCGACUGUACAAUCAACUCAUUAAGAAGAAAAUGGCUUUACAACAGUCUUUGAAUGAAAUCAGUGGACAGAGUAUUGGUGAACAGCUUCAGAAAGCAGAUGUGCUCACAGCAGAGCUGCAGAACGCGGAGAGGCAAGUCGCCAAACUAAGAAACGAAGGGGAGAGGCUUCGCUUCCCUCAUGCCUUACUCCAGGAUGUUUACAAGUUGGAGGAUGUUCUUGACAGUAUGUGGGGAAUCCUGAGAGCCAAAUACUUAGAACUCAGCAGCCCGUUCCUCUCUGAGAGCCAGCAGGAUGCCUUGCUUCAAGGCAUGGAGGAGCUAGUCAGUAUUGGAAAAGAAAAGCUUGCAACUGGCCCUUUGCAACAUGCCAAGAGUAAAGUUGCUUUGCAGGCUCAAUUGCAAGAUCACAAGGGAUUUUUUCAGAAGCUUGUUGCUGACAUGUUGUUGAUUCAAACCUAUUCGGCAAAAAUGUUCCCGCCUUCGUUACAAAAGGGAGAGAGAUUUGGGGCCCAACAAGUGGCAGAUGUGAGAGCCGUGGAGGAAGCGGCCUGCCUGCGAGGCUCGCAGCUUCAGAGCGUGCUGCAGAAAUGGGACGCGUUUGAUGACAGCUACGCAUCUCUUGAGAAGGACCUGGAAGUUCUUAUCUCUUCUUUGCCCUCCGUGAGUUUGGUGGAGGAGACGGAAGAAAGACUGCUGGAAAGGAUUUCAUUUUACCAGCAAAUAAAAAGAAACAUUGACGGAAAGCACGCGAGGCUUUGCCAAACCCUGAAUGAAGGCAAACAGCUGGCGGCAGCUGUGAGCUGUCCUGAGCUAGAGGGCCAGAUCACGAAGCUAGAAGAGCAGUGGCUGUCUCUCAACAAGAGGAUUGACCACGAGCUGCACAGACUGCAAACGCUUCUUAAGCAUCUCCUCAGUUACAGCAGAGAUUCAGCCGAGCUCACCAGGUGGUUGGAAUCGUCUCAGCAAACGUUGAAUUACUGGAAAGAACAAUCCCUCAAUGUUUCUCAGGACCUGGAUACCAUCAGAAGCAACAUAGACAGAUUUUUUGAAUUUUCCAAGGAAGUUGAUGAGAAGUCCUCCCUGAAGUCUGCGGUAAUGAGCACUGGGAACCAGCUUCUCCACCUGAAAGAGGCAGACACAGCCACACUGAGAGCCUCUCUAGCCCAGUUCGAGCAGAAGUGGACAGUGCUCAUAACUCAGCUUCCAGACAUUCAAGAGAAACUCCACCAGCUUCAGAUGGAGAAAUUGCCUUCUCGCCACGCAAUCUCCGAGAUGAUCAGCUGGAUGAAUACUGUGGAGCCUCAGGCUGCGGGAGAGGACACAGAGCUCUCACAGCGGUCGGCAUCUCAAGUCAAAAGUCUUCUGCAGAAGCUCAAGGAGUUCAGAAUGGAAAUGAACUACAAGCAAUGGAUCGUUGACUUUGUUAACCAGUCACUGCUUCAGCUGAGCACCUGUGACGUUGAAAGCAAGCGCUAUGAAAGGACCGAGUUUGCGGAGCACCUGGGAGAGAUGAACCGCCAGUGGCACCGAGUGCUUGGAGCCCUGAAUAGAAAGAUCCAACAUUUGGAACAACUCCUGGAAAGUAUCACUGAGAAUGAAAACAAAAUACAGACUUUGAACAGCUGGUUGGAGGCCCAGGAAGAGAAGCUGAAAAUACUCCAAAAACCUGAAAGUGCCAUCUCCAUGGAGAAGCUGCUCCUGGACUGCCAGGAUAUAGAAAAUCAGCUUGCCAUGAAAUCAAAAGCACUGGAUGAGUUGAGACAAAGUUCACUGACUUUGGAGGGGGGAGACAUGCCCCUGUUAGAAGACAUGGCGUCUGGAAUUGAUGAGCUGUUUCAAAAGAAGAGUCAUGUGACCGGCCAGGUCCAUCAGCUCAGGGCCUCCGCGCAGUUGGCGCUGCAGGAGUGGAAGGCCUGUGACAAGCUCUACGAUGAGGCCAAUGUGGUGACAAUCCAACUCGCAUACUCGAUGGAGCACAGCAAGCCUGCGGUUUUAUCAAUGGAGGCCUUGGACUGCCAGGUGCAGAACCUUCAGGCCCUUCAGGAUGAAGCUGAGCGCAGGGAAGGUAGCUGGGGGAAACUACAGGAGGCUAUUGGCAGACUCAAAGAUUCUUGCCCCUCCAUUGCUGGAAUAAUGGAAGAGAAAUGCCAAGAUGCUCAUUCAAGGUGGACCCAGGUGAACCAAGACCUCGCAGACCAGUUGCAGGAGGCCCGAGGUCAGCUGCAGCUCUGGAAGGCUUCUCACAGCGCUCACGCAGAAGCUGCAGCCUGGCUACGGCAGCAGGAAGUGAAGUUCCAACAGCUUGCCAACAUCAACAUGUCAGGAAACAACCUGGCAGACAUCCUGCCGCUGGCCCUGCAGGACAUAGAGGAGCUGCAGCGUGAGGUACUGAGGACGAAGGAGGCCUUCCUGGAGAAUUCUCCCCUCUUGGAUCAGCUCCCGCAGCCCGCAGACCGCAGCACCCCCGGGCUCCAUUCUGGACAGCUCCACUCCCUCCAGACAGCUGCCUAUUUGGAAAAGAUGCUGCUGGCGAAGUCAAGUGAAUUUAAGAUUGUUCUGGCACAGUUUAAGGAUUUUGGGGACCGGCUGGCAUAUUUACAAGAUCUUAUUAUGCACGAGGAAGAAAACUUGAAUAAACUUUACCAUGAAGAGAAAGAGGAAGUUCCUGGCAUGUUUCUGAACCAUGUGCUAGCACUGACGGCCCAGGCACCUGACAUUGAACGUUUGAAUGAGGAGAGCCUCAGGCCCCCCCUCAGUGACAUAACAAUAAAAACACUACAAAAUGUGAACCGGCAGUGGAUCCGGGCAACGGCCACAGCGCUGGACCACUACAGCAAACUUCAGGGAAAUGGGUUGAAUGAAAACUUCCUUCAUUACUGUGAAAAAUGGAUUCAGCUUCUGGAGAAGAUACAGGAGGCGCUUACCAUGAACGCUGCCCAUAGCCUCCCAGCUCUCCUGGAGCGACAGAAAACCUAUGAGAUGUUAGAAGCUGAGGUUUCUAUAAACCAGACAAUUGCUGAUGCUUACGUGGCCCAGUCCUUACAACUCCUGGACACAACAGAAGCAGAGAAGAGGCCAGAAUUUGUCUCCGAAGUCUCAAAGCUGUCGGACCAAUGGCAGAAUGCUGCCCGGGGUGUUCAGCAGAGGAAGUGUGACAUCGACAGGCUGGUGACACAGUGGCAGUUCUUCACCACCUCUGUGGAGGACUUGCUCCGUUUCCUCACCGACACCGGCCACCUACUGUCUGCAGUGAAGGAGCAGGACUGUUACAGCCUCUACCAAACCAGACGCCUGAUCCAUGAGCUGAAGAACAAAGAGAUCCAUGUUCAGAGGUGGCGAACCACCUACGAACUGGCCUUGGAAGCUGGGGAGAAAUUACGGGACACACCCAACCCGGAAACUAAAGAGUUCAUUGACAGGCAGGCCAGCAAGCUUCAGGACGCCUGGAAGGAUACUGAGCUCAGCCUGAGAGAGAUGAUCAGCCAGCUCCAGAACACGGCGGAGACCUGGGACCAGUGUGAAAAGAAAAUCAAGGAGCUGAAAGGCAGGCUGCAAGUUCUGAAAGCACAAAGCAAAGACCCUCUUCCCGAACGUCAUGAGGACCUCCACAGAGAAAGGGAGCUGAUUAAGGAAGUAGAGAAGUCCCUGGCUAACUGGACGCACAACUUGAAAGAACUUCAAGCUAUGAAGGCCGACUUGAGCCAGCACAUCCUGGCGGAGGACGUGACGGUUCUGAAGGAGCAGAUCGAGCUUUUGCACAGACAAUGGGAGGACCUCUGUCUGAGAGUGACUGUCCGCAAGCAGGAGAUUGAAGACAGACUCAACUCAUGGAUCGUGUUCAAUGAAAAAAAUAAGGAAUUGUGUGCUUGGCUGGUCCAGAUGGAAAACAAAGUUCUCCAGACAGCGGAUAUUAGCAUUGAAGAAAUGAUUGAAAAGUUACAGAAGGACUGCAUGGAGGAAAUAAGCUUGUUCAGCGAAAACAAGCUGCAGCUGAAGCAGAUGGGCGACCAGCUGAUCAAGGCCAGCAGCAAGGCCAAGGCUGCCGAGAUGGAGGACAAGCUUAGCAAAAUCAACGACCGCUGGCAGCAUCUCUUCGACGUCAUUGGAUCAAGGGUGAAGAAGCUGAAGGAGACGUUUGCUUUCAUUCAGCAGUUAGACAAAAACAUGAGCAACCUCCGCACCUGGCUGGCGCGAAUCGAGUCUGAGCUCUCCAAGCCGGUGGUUUAUGAUGUCUGUGAUGACCAGGAGAUCCAGAAGAGGCUUGCUGAGCAGCAGGACCUGCAGAGAGAUAUCGAGCAACACAGCGCAGGGGUAGAGUCUGUGUUCAACAUCUGUGAUGUCCUAUUGCAUGACUCCGAUGCCUGUGCCAACGAAACGGAGUGUGACUCAAUCCAGCAGACCACCAGGAGCCUGGACAGGCGCUGGAGGAACAUUUGUGCCAUGUCGAUGGAGCGGCGCAUGAAAAUCGAGGAGACCUGGCGGCUAUGGCAGAAGUUUUUAGAUGACUAUUCCCGCUUCGAGGACUGGCUCAAGUCGGCCGAGAGGACCGCGGCCUGCCCCAAUUCCUCCGAGGUGCUGUAUACAAAUGCCAAAGAGGAGCUGAAGAGGUUUGAGGCCUUUCAGCGGCAGAUUCACGAAAGGCUGACGCAGCUGGAGCUCAUCAACAAACAGUACCGGCGGCUGGCCAGGGAGAACCGCACCGACACCGCCAGCAAACUGAAACAGAUGGUACACGAGGGCAACCAGCGUUGGGACAACCUGCAGAAGCGGGUCACGGCCAUUCUCCGGAGACUCAGGUACUUCACCAACCAAAGAGAAGAAUUUGAGGGCACCCGGGAGAGCAUUCUGGUAUGGCUCACAGAGAUGGACCUGCAGCUGACCAACGUGGAACAUUUCUCAGAGAGUGACGCUGAGGACAAGAUGCGCCAGCUGAACGGCUUCCAGCAGGAAAUCACGCUAAACACCAACAAGAUCGACCAGCUCAUCGUGUUCGGGGAACAGCUCAUUCAGAAGAGCGAGCCCCUGGAUGCCGUGCUGAUCGAAGACGAGCUGGAGGAGCUGCACCGGUACUGUCAGGAGGUGUUCGGCAGAGUGUCCCGCUUCCAUCGGCGACUGACCUCCCACGCCCCGAGCUUAGAAGAUGAAAAGGAAGCCUCUGAGAAUGAAACAGACAUGGAAGACCCGAGAGAGAUCCAGGCUGAUCUCUCCUGGCGGAAGAGGAGAGAGAUGGAGGAGGCAUCAUCCCCCCAGUCUCUAUGUCACCUUGUGCCCCCGGCUCUGGGACAUGAACGGUCCGGCUGUGAGACCCCCGUCAGUGUGGACUCUAUCCCUCUGGAGUGGGAUCACACAGGUGAUGUGGGGGGAUCAUCCUCUCACGAAGACGACGAGGAGGGCCCGUUCUACAGCGCACUGUCAGAUGUAGAAAUCCCUGAAAAUCCUGAGGCAUAUCUUAAAAUGACCACAAAAUCUUUGAAAGCAUCUUCUGGUAAAUCCAUUUCUGAGGGCCACCCGUGGCAUGUUCCUGACAGCCCUUCCCAUCCCAAGCAUCACUACAAAGCAAUGGAAGGUGACAAGGCUGUAGCACCAGUCCCCUCAGAUGCCAGCACUCCUUACAAACCAGCCUAUGUAAAGCUGCUGUUACAUCAAGGAACCGAUGACGGUAAGGAAGGCCCAAGAGCCUCCAAGGGCAGCCCCCAGCAGGAAGAUGAACAGCUGGCCACCUUAACGGGACAGCAGCCAGGUGCCUUCGACAGAUGGGAGCUGAUUCAAGCACAAGAGCUCCACGGCAAACUCCGGAUAAAACAGAACGUGCAGCAGCUGAAUGCGGACAUCGGGACCAUCACCGCCUGGCUGGAAAAAACUGAAGCGGAGCUGGAAGCUCUGAGGCUGGCGAAGCCUCCCUCCGAUAUCCAGGAAAUAGCGCUCAGGGUGAAGAGACUGCAAGAGAUACUAAAAGCCUUUGAUACCUACAAGACCUUGAUGGUCUCCGUCAACGUGAGCCACAAGGAAUCUCUGCCAAGCGAAAGCCCCGAAUCCACAGAACUCCAAAAUAGGCUCCACCAGCUAAGCCUGUCCUGGGACACGGUCCAGGGUGUGAUGGACAGCUGGAGAGGGGACUUACGACAAUCACUCAUGCAGUGCCAGGACUUCCACCGGCUGAGUCAGGACUUGCUCCUGUGGCUAGCGGGUGCAGAGAGCCGAAGGCAGAAGGCGCACGUCACCAGCCCAGAGGCAGACCGCCAGCUUCUCCUGGAGUGUCGGAAAGAGCUGAUGCAACUGGAAAAGGAGUUGGAAGAGCAUCAGCCUCAAGUCAGCUCCUUGCAGGAGAUUUCCUCCAGCCUUCUCGUGAAGGGGCGCGGAGAAGACUACAUUGAGGCCGAAGAGAAGGUCCACGUCAUCGAGAAGAAACUCAAACAGUUGCGUGAGCAAGUGGCUCAGGAUCUGGCGUCCUUGCAGGGGAGCCUGACUCCAGGCCCCUCUCUGGCCGGCUAUGAUGAAGUGGACUCAGGGGAAGAGCCUCCAGCUGCCUGUGCAAAGUUUGGAGAGGAGAGGUCUACAGAAGAGGAAGAGGAAACAGACAGCAGGACGUCCCACCUUGAUGACCCCGGCCGCUCACAGCCAAGGCGCUCCUUCCUCUCAAGGGUGAUCAGGGCCGCGCUGCCCCUGCAGCUGCUGCUGCUGCUGCUGCUGCUUCUGGCCUGCCUGCUGCCCGCCUCCGAAGAGGACUACAGCUGCACCCAGGCCAACAACUUCGCCCGCUCCUUCUACCCCAUGCUGCGGUACACCAACGGGCCACCUCCCACCUAGAGGAUUCUGCCAGCUGCGGUGCCAUGCCAACAGCCUAUUGGCCACAGGUGCUCAGCUCGUGGUACCAGAACCAGCCUGUGAGUGACUCUGAGCCUGGACAAGAUCCAGGGACCUGCUGGAGACACCUCCCUCAUCUUCUCCAAAUGGACUCUGGGGGCCCCGGACAACACAGACAAAAUGUCCUUCCUCUGGGACAGAGAACCGAGUAUAGCAGGACCUAGCAUUCAGACAAAGCUAGUAGAUGGGUUCCGAGAACUCUGGAAAAGCGGGGCUUCCCGAAGAACCACGGGUAGCUGGAGAGAAAUUCUCCAGCUAUGCACUUUGUAAAACACUGUAUUGUAGCACAGCUGAUAUAAGGCCUGUGAACAAUGAUGUUCAGCACAUAAAUGAACUCUAUCCAAGAAACUAGCAGGUCCCUCCCUACCUGAGUGACGGUUCAGAAACUCCACGGUUGAUUCAGACACAUUUGAAAUGUUUAAAAUCAGUUUCCUCCCAGUUGGCUAGCAAUCUGCACUCCUGGUUAUAAACUAAACUGUCCUGUUCUGUACCUAGGUCAGCUCUUUUAUAUUGCUUUAAAAUUUUUAAAAAGAAA